AGGCUAUGCAAAACUCAGAAAGUUAUGACGGUGAAUGGGCAAUUUCCAGGCCCGACCUUGGAAGUGAACAAUGGUGAUAGUCUAGUGGUAAAUGUCGUCAACAGAGCUAAAGAUAACGUUACCAUUCACUGGCAUGGUGUUAGACAAAUGACGACAGCAUGGGCAGAUGGACCGGAGUUCAUAACUCAAUGUCCGAUUAGGCCAGGAGGGAGUUACACCUACAAGUUCAGGAUUUCAGGACAAGAGGGAACGCUAUGGUGGCAUGCACAUAGCUCGUGGGUCAGAGCCACUGUUUAUGGUGCCAUUGUCAUUCGCCCUAAAGAAGGAGAUUCCUAUCCAUUUGCCAAGCCAAAGCGUGAUUCAGUCGUUGUUCUUGGUGAAUGGUGGAAUGCUAACCCGUUGGAUGUUAUAAGGGAAGCCAUGAGAACCGGAGGAGCUCCAAAUAUUUCUGAUGCAUAUACCAUCAAUGGUCAACCUGGUGACCUCUAUAACUGCUCCAGCAAAGAUACCGUCAUAGUUCCAGUGGAUUCAGGUGAGACAAACCUCAUUAGGGUGAUCAAUGCUGGUCUGAAUCAACAGCUUUUUUUCAGUAUUGCUAACCACAAACUCACUGUUGUGGGAGCUGAUGCUUCCUACGUCAAACCCUUCACCACAUCGGUCCUCAUGCUUGGACCAGGCCAAACCACCGAUGUACUCAUCAAGGCCGACCAGCCACCGGCUAGAUACUACAUUGCUGCACGUGCUUAUGCCAGUGCACAAGGAGCCCCAUUCGACAACACUACAACCACAGCCAUUUUGGAGUAUAAAACCGCCCCUUGUCCAGCAAAGGGAGUUUCUUCUAAGCCCAUUAUGCCUUCUCUCCCAGCAUUUAACGACACAGCCACUGCCACUGCCUUCAGCACCAGCUUCAGGAGUCCAGGUAAAACUCUGGUUCCAACUAAGAUCGAUGAGAGUCUCUUCAUCACAGCCGGACUUGGAAUAAAUCCAUGCCCACCAACCGCCAGUGCCAGUACAUGUCAGGCUCCAAACAGGACUCGGUUCACUGCAAGCAUGAACAACGUAUCUUUUGUACUCCCAUCCAACUUCUCUCUGCUGCAAGCACAUCACCAUGGCGUCCCCGGAGUUUUCACCACCGACUUCCCCGCGAAGCCUCCGGUGACCUUUGAUUACACCGGUAACGUAAGCCGGUCUCUGUGGCAACCUACACGUGGCACCAAGGUCUACAAGUUAAAAUAUGGAGCAAAGGUCCAGAUAGUGUUGCAAGGUACAAGUAUCUUCACAGCCGAGAACCAUCCAAUCCAUCUUCAUGGAUAUGAUUUCUACAUAGUUGCAGAGGGAUUUGGAAACUUCAACCCAGCAAAGGACACCUCUAAGUUCAACCUCGUGGAUCCACCUCUGAGAAAUACUGUCAGUCUACCUGUCAACGGAUGGGCAGUCAUUAGAUUUGUUGCUGAUAAUCCAGGUGCCUGGAUUAUGCACUGUCACUUGGAUGUUCACAUCGGUUGGGGUUUGGCCACGGUGUUCUUAGUAGACAAUGGAGUUGGAAUAUUGGAGACGUUGCAGACGCCACCAGCAGACUUGCCCGUCUGUUAACAACAUUCGACAACAAAAUAAAAAUCAUGAUACGUAGCAAUCUUGCUGUCUAAAAUUAUGUUGAGUUUAAUGAUGUUUUACCCCACAUUGGGGAUUUGGUCCUCUCGUAUUUCGUUAUUUCAUUUUGUUUUCCUUCUCUUUGCAACAUUGAUACCCAGCUCACCAACGGAAGAAGCCGAAAGCUUGGAAGAUAUGAAACAUAUUGUACUUUAGAAUCAAAGAACAGACAUAUUUACAUAGCUACCUUGUUUCUAAAGCAAUGAGAAUUAUUUUG